AUGCCACACCUUCCUUCUAUCUUCCUUCUAUCUGGAUAUUUUAUAGCGGGUAUCAACGCUGCUAUAGGACCCGUUGCAGACCUCCACAUUGUCAACAAGGUCAUCGCACCCGACGGCUACUCUAGGGACACUGUCCUUGCCGGUGGUACCUUCCCUGGACCACUUAUCACUGGUCUUAAAGGAGCCGAAUUCAAGCUCAACGUCCAUGAUGACCUGACAGACACCAACGGAAUGCUCACUCCGACUUCGAUUCACUGGCACGGGCUGUUUCAGCACACCACAAACUACGAUGAUGGUCCAGCCUUCGUCACCCAGUGCCCGAUCUCUCCUGGACACUCCUUCCUGUAUGACUUCAAAGCACCCGGUCAAAGUGGAACAUACUGGUACCACUCUCAUCUAGGAAAUCAAUACUGCGAUGGAUUACGUGGCGCCUUCGUCAUCUACGACCCCCAGGACCCCCACCGUUCGCUAUACGAUAUUGACAACGAAAGCACCGUGAUAACUCUCGCGGAUUGGUACCAUUAUUUAUCGCUGAAUGCUCCUGCUAUCCCGGCUCCUAACUCGACUUUGAUUAACGGCUUGGGACGCUAUAAGGGUGGCCCUUCUAGCCCUAUCGCGGUCGUGAAUGUGGCUUUCGGUCUCCGGUACCGCUUCCGCCUUGUAUCGAUCUCGUGUGAUCCAAACUUUGUGUUCUCUAUUGAUGGGCACUCUAUGACUAUCAUUGAGGUGGAUGGAAGCAACGUUGUACCUCUUGUUGUGGACUCUAUUCAGAUAUAUGCGGGUCAACGCUAUUCCUUCAUCCUCCACGCAAACCAGAAGAUCAACAACUACUGGAUGCGCGCACUUCCCAAUGAAGUCAAUGCGACCACAAGCGGUGGGAUCAAUUCAGCUGUCCUGAGGUAUAUCGGUGCUCCUCUCCGGGAUCCUACCACCAAUCAAACUGCGACCGUCCUUCCCAUGGUUGAGACCAACCUCCACGCGCUCGAGAAUCCAUCUGCUCCCGGUGCACACACUCCCGGAGGCGCAGACAUCAACUAUAACCUCAACGUCACCUUCGACGGAGCUCACGGUCAAUUCGACGUCAACGGCGUGCCCUUCGUACCUCCCACAGUGCCUGUUCUCCUUCAAAUCUUGAGCGGAGCACAGCGCGCACAAGACCUUCUUCCGGCCGGAAGUAUCUACUCUCUGGCGCCCAACAAGUCCGUUGAACUCGUGAUACCGGGUGGCGCUGUCGGCGGUGGUCAUCCCGUCCAUCUCCAUGGGCACACCUUCUCUGUUGUUCGCAGUGCCGGGAAUUCUUCCUACAACUGGGACAAUCCCGUUAAGCGUGACGUCGUCAACAUCGGAACGACGGUAAACGAUCAGGUCACCAUCAGGUUCUUUACAGACAACCCUGGACCUUGGUUUUUACAUUGCCACAUUGACUGGCAUCUGAACGCUGGUUUUGCUGCGGUAUUCGCUGAAGACGUGCAAGAUGUGCCACUGGUCGAUCCUACGCCUGCUGCUUGGAAGGAUCUUUGCCCCAUCUUCAACUCGACCACUCCGGGACCUACCCCCGCUGCCGUUUCUGUCAUCAGCACCAUCGCUGUGCCGACUUCUUCACUCAUUCCUUGAUUCGUAACGGUCAACUUACUUAUUGUUAAUCAUACUACC